UUCAUCGUUCUAUGAAUUUCUUUUACACACGGCGAUGUUAACUUGGAAAACCGUGGCACAUAGUGUCAGAUGAAAGUUCACCUUAUUUUUACGUGGGAGUGGUCGUUGCCAUCUAGUUUCGUACAAAUUUGUAAAUAGUCGUGCUCAAAAUGAGAGUAUUCGUGCUUGGUAUACUCUUCAAUUGUUUCAUCAUCAUUUACAGUGUCGCAGGUUCAAAGACUUACGAGGCGAACCCCGACGCAAAAAGGCUUUACGAUGACUUGCUGUCCAACUAUAACAGGCUCAUACGCCCAGUCAUUAACAACACCGAAACCUUAACAGUUUGGCUCGGCUUAAAACUGUCGCAAUUGAUCGAAAUGAAUCUGAAGAACCAAGUGAUGACUACAAACGUCUGGGUAGAACAGAAAUGGUUCGAUUACAAAUUACGCUGGGAUCCAGAGGAAUACGGUGGAGUGGAAAUGCUUUACGUGCCUUCCGAAAAUAUUUGGUUGCCGGACAUCGUCAUGUACAAUAAUGCCGAUGGCAAUUACGAAGUAACGCUAAUGACAAAAGCCACGUUAAAGUACACCGGUGAGGUGUCGUGGAAACCACCCGCUAUCUACAAAUCCUCAUGCGAGAUUAACGUGGAAUACUUUCCAUUUGACGAGCAAUCGUGCAUAAUGAAAUUCGGCUCGUGGACGUACAACGGCGCUCAGGUGGAUCUGAAACACAUGAAACAAGAGCCUGGCAGCAACGUUGUUGUAAUUGGCAUUGACUUGAGCGACUUUUACUUGUCGGUAGAAUGGGAUAUUCUUGAGGUGCCAGCCUCCAGAAACGAAGAAUAUUACCCGUGUUGUACCGAACCCUAUUCCGACAUCACGUUCAACAUCACUAUGCGAAGGAAAACGUUAUUCUACACGGUGAACCUCAUAAUUCCAUGCGUGGGCAUCACGUUCCUCACGGUGCUUGUUUUUUAUUUGCCAAGCGACUCGGGUGAAAAAGUCUCACUGUGUUCUUCUAUUCUCCUCUCGUUGACGGUGUUUUUCUUAUUGUUGGCGGAAAUUAUACCCCCGACAUCGUUGGCCAUACCACUGUUAGGGAAAUACUUGCUGUUUACCAUGAUAUUGGUCACUUUGUCGAUAUGGAUCACCGUAUGCGUUCUGAAUGUUCACUUCCGAUCCCCGUCCACGCAUAACAUGUCACCGUGGGUCAGACAAGUAUUUUUAAACUGGAUGCCGCGGAUCUUGAAGAUGCGUCGCGCGCCGUAUUCGACGCCGGAAUACGAUGACACUUACAUGGACAGCGGAUACACCAACGAAAUAGAUUUCAGCUUUCAUGACAGCGUCAGCGAUUACCAGCCUGAAUUGAAAGGAAAUCCGGACGGAUUCGAGAGCGUCACCUCUCAAUAUAACAAUAUAAGAGAGGACGAUGCUCGUCAUUAUCCCCACGCAUCAGUCACAGAUAGUGAAAACACGAUGCCGAGGCACUUGUCCCCGGACGUCAUAUCAGCUCUGAAGGGUGUGCGUUUUAUUGCUCAACAUAUAAAAAAUGCAGACAAAGAUAACGAAGUGAGUUGUAUGCUUCGAUUUUGCGUUUUGUGUUCAAUUUGUUUUACUUUUGAUACCUGUUUACUUCUCUUUCCCUGCCAUAAAUUUCUCACGCUUCCAGGUCAUAGAAGAUUGGAAAUUUAUAGCCAUGCUCUUAGACCGACUUUUCCUUUGGGUUUUUACGUUCGCGUGCAUCGGAGGUACGCUUGGUAUAAUAUUCCAAGCUCCGAGUUUGUACGACACGAGGGAACCUGUGGACCAACAACUCUCAGGAAUAUCGCUUCGUAAUUACAUGUAUCCGAAUAUAAGUGAGAAUUUGCCAGAAGAAUAAACGCUGAGGCUUACGAGACGCCGUGAUUCACAUGCACGAACAACGACAGAAAUGUAACAAUAUAUUGUUAAUAUUGUUUGCGACAUUCCCAGUUUUAUUUCUUAAAAUAACGUUGACUUUUGUAAGAAACAAACUUCACUGUAAGUAUAGUCUAAGCAGUUUUAUUACCCCUGAUCAACUAAAAGAAAAUAACGAAUAAAGCACUACGUUUGGAAAAAACAUUUGAAAUCGAUAAUAUUAAUGAAAAAAUUAUCCGCUAA